CUGACAACAUUUAAACAGGGUAAAGCAGGGCUGCACAUGGACAUGGCGAAAUUCCUCAGUCAAGAUCAAAUCAACGAGUAUAAGGAGUGUUUUUCGCUGUACGACCAGAAGCGCAGGGGUAAAAUGAAGGCGGAGGAUCUGUUGACGGUCAUGAGAUCUCUGGGAUGCUGUCCGAUGACAGAGCUCGACAGACACUUACUGACACAUAAAAUAGAUAAGAGCGGCGAGUUGGACUUCUCCACGUUUCUCAGUGUGAUGCAUGCGCAGAUCCGGCAGGAAAACCCACGGGUCGAGAUCCUGCAGGCCGCGAGGCUGAUGGACACGGAGAAACGAGGCUUCAUCGUGGCGACGGAGCUCAGAGCCAGACUGACGGGCUUUGGAGAACGACUCGCAGAUCAAGAAGUUGACGAGCUGCUGAGUGAAGCCGGCGUGGCGUGUGACGGACAAAUCCACUACGAGGACUUUGCAAAGAUGGUGACGUUUCUGACGGUCGAUGCAGAACAACCUUCAGAGCAGCAGUGAAUCAGCAGCACAACGUCGAUCAAGCUGAAAACCACAGAUAUCAAAUCUUCCUAAAACAGCAAAAAAUGAAAUAACUACACAACCACGACCAUAUUUAACUGAUAGACCACCUGCCAGACCGAUUCAAUCAUUUACUAACCGUGGGAUUGUUUUCAAAGUGACCAGAUGUGUGUAAGUGAUAAGUUGGUUUCUGACUUUCCAGAAACUUCAAUACAGGUGAAUAUUUCAGAUUAUUGGUUUUGCAUUUGAAAUUAUGAUCAUAGUGCCCUCUUGUGUUAAUAGAGAAUAUUAUUCUGUAGUUGUUGUGGUGUAAAUCACAUUUCACACAACAGAAAUGAAUUUUGUCUGGUUCAGAAACAAUAAAUGUGGAUCACUGAAUGCAAACA